AUGAGAGAAAAGGGAAUGCCCAAAACUUUUGUGUCUCAAGACCUAACAAAAAUAACUGAAAUGUACUCUCAGCCUGUCAACAGAUAUUUUAAUGAAGCCUCAAUAUUAUCAUUAGGACCAGAACUAUUGCCAGUGCUAAUGAAAAAUGUUAAUAGUUGCACUGCUUAUCUUCGAAUUUGGGAUUCUCAUUAUAAUCAUUGUAUAAGAGAAAUCAGGAACCAGAAGUACAAAAUAUUAAAACUUAUUUAUUCAUUAUCUGAAGUUUUUUUCAACAUAUUAAAGAUUUGUCAUCAAGAACAAGAUAAUGAGAAAGCAAUAGAGAAAAAUACAAUUUAUUGGAAGAGGAGGGAUAUUAAAUCAUGA